UACCUAAGAAGAACAUUCAUCAGUCAAGAAGGCAAACCUCAUACAGGUUUCACUUUAAUUUAAAAAUGUACGUAUAUUCUUGUUAUUUUUGCAGUUGUUAUUGAGCUCAAUUAAAAUAAGCUUCAAUAAAUCAUGGGAAAAAAGAAAAAGUCACAUUUGUUCUUAAAACAAGGAAGAGUCAAGAGGCUGUGCAGAAUAUUACAGUGUUGCACUUCUUUUGUAGAGGAAUCUUCUUUGUUGUCGGGAAGAUGUUUGUCAUCUUGAUUUGCAUCUUGACACUCCAAGAUGUGCACACUGCUUGUGUUUUGCAAGAUGUUUGCCCGGAGAACACAAUCGUGCAGGCCGAGAUCGUAAAUGUUCACAAUGCCUUCAGGAGAGCAGUUGAGCCUGCUGCUGCUGACAUGCUGAUGAUGACUUACAGUUUGGAGUUAGCAGCCAGCGCUCAGGCUUGGGUGGAUAAAUGUACUCUCAGUCAUGGACCGGCCAGCACCCGUCUGCUUGAUGGAUAUGAAUUAGGUGAGAAUCUCUUCUCUUCUUCCUCCCCAUCCUCGUGGACCACUGUUGUUACGACCUGGCAUAAUGAGAAGUCACGCUAUCUUUACCCCAAUGGAUCCACCAACGGAAAACCCAUUGGUCACUACACACAGGUUGUGUGGAACAGCUCCUACAAAGUGGGCUGUGGACUUGCUCUAUGUCCCAACAAUAUCUACUACUACGGCUGCCAUUAUUUCAGAGCUGGAAACUUUAAGCGAUGGCCUCCCUACAAGGUUGGAACCUCAUGUGCUUCCUGCCCAAACAACUGUGUGGACAAACUCUGCUUCAAUCCAUGUCCUUAUGUAAACACCUUCAUCAACUGUCCCAGACUGAAAGACGUCAAAGGAUGCAGCAACCCGCUGGUGUUUGCCUGGUGUCCUGCUUCAUGCAAAUGUACCACUGAGAUUGUUCCAAUAUAUUAGACUGAACAGCAAGAAUACUUAAAUUUCACGUGUUCUUUAUCUGUACUGAAUAUAACGCUGGCAUCUGCAAAAUACAAAACAGACAAUAAUUUAUAGUUGGAAUAUUUUUGGGUGUAGCUUGUCUUAAUCGAAUGGGUCCAUUUCUGUAGGUACAUUAUUAAAAAAAAGAUAACUCAUUUUAACAUAGAAUUUUGCAAACGUGGCAUAUAGCACUUCAUUAAGUGAAAGAUUAUGCAACUGUAAAGUAUAAAAAUCUCUGGAGUUUUUAAAACGUUUUAGAAAACAAAAAAGAUUUCAGAGGGUUUUAUUUGUAGCUUUUUCAUGUUUCCAUUAUUACAACUAUUUUUGGGGAUAUUUUGUUUUGUUUGUUGUUCUUGGUUCUAAACAAACCAACAACAACAGGGAAACUCUCUUGGGAAAAUCCAAGAGAUUUUCCCACCCUCAGGCCUCCCGAUUUCCUUUCUGCUAUGUUCCUUGUUAGAUCACCUGCAGCCAAAACAUGUCAGCUUUUCCAGGAAACACUCUCCUUUUUGUUUUUUCUCAGUACAUUAUUUCCUUCAUAUUUUCCAUCUCUUAGUUUUUCCUCUUAGUUUGUUUAGGCUUUGUUUGACUUUGACUCCAGGUGCCUUUGCAGAACUUUCAGUUAAGUCAUGAGUUAUUCUGUCUUACACUGACCUGCUGUUCUGUCAUUAUUAACUCCUCAAUUGAACGUCUUGACUUUAUAUAUAAAUAUAUAUAAACAGUUGCUUAGUUGUGCCAUGGAAGUAAUUUUAAACCAGAUUAACUGGAAUAUCAAAGCACCGCUUCCAACCAACUGCUCCUUUAAACUACAGUUUCCUUCACAGAACAGAUAUCAGUAAAGUACGUUGAUGACUCUGCAGUGGAUGAUCACAGUCAAGUCUUUAAAAAAACAGAAGACCUGUCAGGACAUGAAAAACCUUUCAUCCGUCACUUUCUCAGCAACUGUAAGCUAAGUUUCUAACCAAUUGCUGUUUGGGAAUCGUUUUGUUAAACAUCGUAGCCGCAGUGUGUCAUCUUCAUGCCUAGUGUUCGGUAUGGUAGAGGAUCUAUUAUGAUGUGGGACUUUCUCUCUUAGAAAUAUGGGAAUAAUUGUUAGUUUAGUUAGUUUGUGACAUUUUGCAACAAUUGAAAUCCAAAAGAAUUUCAUAGAAAUCUCAAAAUCUUUGCUUGAAAAAUAAAAAUGGAACAGGAAAUGAGUCACCGUUUCUUUGAAAGGGUUUGCUUUAUUUAGCCAAAAUAAAGGACUGGUAGAUCCAACUCUUCUUGUGAGUAAAUCAUGUUAUAAAUACAGUAAAAGACAAAUACUGUAUGUUAUUUAAAAAAAACUUUAAAUUUGUCUACAUCUUGUUAGACAGUUGUAGUUUCAGUAAAUACUUCUGCAGUUUCUUAUGGUAUCAAUCUUCAUGAAUUGUCUGUGUUACCAACCAGAUUGCUACGAUUCUUUAAUUGCAGGUCUGCACAAAAACUGAACCCAUGGACCUCACUUUGGACUCCUGCUGCUCUGUAUGCUACCAAAAAGUCUGAAAUGCUAAAAGUAAUAAUAGCAGCAGUGCUGAUAAGUGUAGCUGUUGGUGGCAUCAUGCUUUAGUAAAUCCUCUGUGCUGUUAUUGGUAAUAAAGCGGAAAUAUUUCUGCUUUAACAACAAUAAAGUGAUUUUCUGUUAUGACCAUAGACAACUAGAAAUGUUCAGAGUAAAAAGAGGCUAAUGACAAGUUAUAAAGGGACUGCACAGAAAGAAGGAAAUCUUCAAUAUGAAUCAUCAUUUAGAAACUAUACCCCCGAUUAACUAUAAUCAUAAAAAAUCCUCAUCAUAUUGAACAGUAUCCAUAUUGACCAGCAGGUGGCUCUGUUCUACAACUCAUUUCCUUCAUUGAUUUCCCCAACAGCAUGCAUAUCUGCUUCCGUCUGAACUAUGAGUAACAAGUAUCAAAUACGUUUAGGCCUUUUUACUUACACACUGCGUUUUAUAGAAUAGAGUAUCCUAAAUGUGGGUCACAUUUACUUUUUUACAUGAACUACAGUUCAGUUGAGCCAGCAAUCACUAUUACUCUCAAUUUCCUUUUGCUAAGGGUGUGUUCUUAUUUUGCAAAGGAAACUUGACACAACAACAAAAGAGACAGUUAAAGUAAUUACUUCACUUCUGAGAUUAGCAAAGUUUUUUCUGUAUUUACUGCCUACACAAAGAGGAAGAUCACCAAAGCACACGAUGUGACAGAUAAACAACUGUCAUUUGUGACCAAAGCCUUUGAAAUGACUUCAUUAGAAUUCAUCACAUAUAGCUUUCAGUAAAACCGUCAACAUUGGAAUAUGUUUCACAGUCUCACUUUGAAAUAGGAAGUAAUAACAGAUUUAGUUUUCUUUCUAAAUAAAGGAAUGUACAUUUCAGAAACAAGAUGUGCAGACUUUGGAUAAAAGUUUCUUAGAAGAAGGAACCUUUUCAAGAGUUUAUGCAUUUUAAUUUUAUUGCAUGAAAAUUGUAUUUGAUCUCCUUCCAAAAUGCAUGAAUUCUGCAAAACUGCAAGACUAACUGUCUUUAAGAAUGCCUCCUGUCCUUGGCUCCAUUACUGUAUUAACUGCAUUUGUUCUAUAAUAAGACACCUGCCUAGCAUCAAUCAGUCUCCAACAUUGACCCCAUGAGAGAGAAUUUGAGUGAUACCGAUGGGCUGAGAAAGACCAAGAAGUUAGGCUGCAGAAUAAUAGGCAAGCUUGGUAAACAGCCACCUACCUUCGACAAUUAUUUGGAAAAUGACUUGACAAACACAUCACAUUGCGGAGAGGAUGAGUGGGGCCAUGUAUUAAAAGUUUUUGGGCAACAACUGAUGAGUCAUGGCUAGGAUAUCCGGCAUGACAAUAAACCAAAACGCACAAACAUGGCGACCAGUUUUUGGCUCAGUGUGAACCAUUCAAGGUCUUGGAAUAACAACCAAAUAGAAAAUCUUCUGGAGGAAGCUGAAGCUCUGUGUUGCCCAAAAGCCUGAGAGAUCUGGAGAUCUGUAUGGAGGAGUGGGCCAAAAUUCCUGCUGCGGAAUGAGUAAACCUGGGCAAGAGCUGCUGGAAACGUCUGACCUCUACAAUAGAAAACGAAAGAUUCUGUACCACAUAUUAAGCCCUAUGUUUUGUAUUUUAUCAA